AUGAAUACUAAAAAACCACGAAAAGUUUUAAACAAAUCACGUGCAACUGAAAUUUCAGUUAAAACAGCUCAGUUACGAAAGAAGGUAAUGAACAAAUUUUCACAAAUGCUAUCCUAUGCUAAAUCAACAACAGCUAGAUCAUCAACCGAUAAUGUAAAAAAUGAUCAAAGAAACCUGCAUGUUGAUGUAGCAAAUGAUCAAGAAAGUCUGUCUAUUGAUGUAGAAAAUGACCAAGUAAACUCGCACAAAAAAUUAUUUGAGCUAGUAGUACCUUUUGAUUUAAAAAAAGAUCAAGAAGUUUCGCCACCUAUGGAUAUAGAUAAAGUCAAUGAUUUUCAGGACAAUAAUGAAUAUUAUAGAACAUUUAAUGAUAACAAUCGACGUGAAUCAGUAGUAAUCAAU